AUGACGCACGGUGGCGGCGGAGGAGCACCACACGACAUUCUUCUAGCUGUCGUUAUAGCCAUAGUAGUAAUCGUCCCUUUCCUUCUCGGAGAUCAAGGUGAAGCCGUCACGGAAGCCAUAUCAGAGCUCUUAAGUCCACUUGGUCUUCUUCUCUUACCAAUCAUCCUUCUCCUCACUUUCCAGUUCCUCUUCUCUGUUUCCCUCUCCUUCGUCUCUUCACCUUCCUCCCACCCCAUUUUUCUCAACUUCAAGCUCUCACUCACUUUCCUUCUCUUCAUCACCGCCUCAGCCUUUUCUGGUUCCGUUGCGGCGCUUUCUUUAUCCGGAUUUAACGAUUCUGGAAGAGUUGGGUUAAGGGGUUUCCUUGCUGGUUUGAUUUUUGGGUUUCAUUAUGUUUUUAAGCGUCGUUGGGUUUUGGAGUUUCCCAUUAUUCAGCGUCCUCCUUUCUUCAACUUCAAGAUGGGGAUUCCUUUGGAUGCUAAACGUGCUUUUAAGCUUUCCACUGUUGCUUUCAUUUUUUCUGCUGUUUUGUUAGAGAUUAUUCCUCACCCUUUUAAGUGCAGCAUUGCUACACAGAAAUUCUUCGGUGAACAGAUUGUGUUCUUUGUUGGUAGUUUUGCUAUCUUUUUCUGCUGGGAGUUGACUCAUAAUUUACAUCGGGUUUUACAUACUAAAAGAUCCGUAUUUGCGCCCCCAAAAGGAUCAGCAGCUGCAGAAACAAAUCCAAGCGAGCAUCUCCUUUCAGCCUUGGAGGAGAGUAAUCCAAAAUCUCUUCUUCGAUAUCUUGCUUACCUUGAUCUUUGUAUGGUUUGUGAGAACAAUGUUGACACUUGGCGUCGUGCGGCAUUUUUUGAAGAAUCCGGCGAAACUUACAAGAGAGUAAUUGCUGUGUGCUUGAGGCCUCUGGAGCAACUCGCCUCAAGAUUAGGUGAGAGCAUGAGUGAUUCUACUGACAAACCCACCUCUCUAUUAUGA